CUGUAAGUUCCGCCUGUACGGUGAGCUUAGGUUGUGCACCGUAUCGAGAGAUUUACAAUCUUUCCCCUAAAGUUUUCCGUUAACAUUUUUCGGUAGGAAAGAAAUAGCCCACUUUACACGAGCCAGAAGAGGCAAUCGGUUUCGGGCAAACUACGGCAACUACAAUCUGAGAACGGUGAGCAGUUAGAGGUUAGGAAAUCAGCGGCUGCAGUUGACUGUAGUUCCUAGGCAACGACGAUCGAUCCCUCGUCCAGGAAUUUUCGUUCCCUGGAGAUGAUUUCGCAUAAAAUACUGCGUUACGUCCACAUCAAUAAUUUUCUCUGGCAGUCGUCGAACAAAGCUCUACUUGCGAAACUCCGGAAGAAAACUGGCUAUACGUUUUCCAAUUGCAAAAAGGCAUUGGAAUUGCAUGAAAACGAUUUACAAAAGGCUGAGACGUGGCUAAAAGAGCAGGCUCAGGCUUUGGGAUGGUCACAGGCUGCUAAGGUACAAGGUAGAACCACGUCUCAAGGAUUAAUUGCUGUUGUCGUUGAUAACAACCAUGGUGCCCUGGUAGAGAUCAACUGUGAGACAGAUUUUGUGGCACGAAACAAAUAUUUUCAAAAUCUAACCGAAACAGUAGCCAAUGCAGUUCUUAAAUACAGUGCAUCAAUUAAUUCUGACGAGCCAGUCACUAGGAUACCUCUAGAUUCGGAAACUUUGAAAGCACUGCCAGCAUCCGAUGGCAAGUCUUUGGCGGACCAUUCUGCUCUGACAAUUGGAAGCGUCGGAGAAAAUCUAGGCAUAAGACGAGCAUUAUGUUUGAGCGUGCAAUCAGGAAUCUUUUUAUCAGGUUGCACUCAUCCAGCUCCCACUACUCCUCAUUCUGUAUUUUUUGGUCGGUAUGGAGCACUGGUCGCAUACAAAAUAGCCUCUAAACAUAAGACAUUGGGGAUACAGUUAUGUCAACAUAUUAUCGGUAUGAAUCCUGAUAAAGUUGGGAAUCCAGAAAAUGACCAACCAAAUCCAGUUUCGGAUGAUGAGACAACAAUGAUUUUUCAAGAAUUCCUUUUGGAUCCAAGUGUCUCGGUCCAACAAUUUCUCGUGGGUGCUCAGGCUGAAAUUUUAGACUAUGCUCGUUUCGAAAUGGGCGAGUCUUUGGAAAGGCCACAAAAAUUGGACUCUGUCGAAAUUUGUGGCUGAGGCAUUUACGACUCAAUCAAUUAUAUUCUCGUACACAAUUAAGAAGUGAUAAACAGGGUAGAAUUGAUAAGCAUUUAUCUUCCUUGAAAACAAGCAAUUAAGUCGUCAUCAAUGUUAAUUUAAUAAUCCUAUAUAUCUAUAUAUUAUACGUGUAAGGUGUAUACAUAUAGAAGUUCCAUACUUCUCAGUACCAUACUUCUACAAAGCACUAUUCUUGAAAUGUUACAAAGUUUAAAAUUUGUAUUAAAAACAGUAAAAACCAGUAAUACACCAGGAAAUCGGAAAUUGCUCUUUGCUAUUCCGUCUAUAUGUUUACAUUUCAAAUGUCCAAGUAGUAAACACUAAAAUGUGUAAAAAAAAAAUAAAUGAAAAAAUGCUAAAAG